GGUGAUCGGUGAGCUGACGGCCGCCAUGCUGGCGGGCUCCGCGCUGCACCGUGGCAUGGCCACCAUGGUCUUGAAUUUGGUGAGCCACACCACGAGCCAUGCCUAUGACACCAGUACAGAGCGCUGGUUUGACUUGUACCACAAGGGCUCUCGGCAGGAGAUCUACCACUGCAGCAUUCCAAGGCAAAGUGGGAUUUGCGGCCAGAGCAUCGUCAACGCUGCGCAUUAUUUGUAUGAGCACCAUGGCAUGCUGCUGAUUGCCGUGAAGCGCUCGCGCGCCGAGGGCACUGAGACGCCCGUGAGCAACUUCUCGAAACAGCGACGCUCGAGGCUGUUGCUCUUCCCGGGAGGUGAGGACACGCUGUUGCAGGACGGCGACCGCGUCUACGUCAUCGCCAGCUCCCUGCCGGAGGUCGUGGUGGCCAUCAAGCGCGCCAAAGCGUCAGUGAAGCCGGUGCUGGCCAAGAAGCGGCAUUCGGACCUCAACCAGGUGACCACUGGGAACCUGAGCCCGCAGACGCAGCUGGUGCGGAAAGGACAAGGCGAUCAGCACACCUGGGAGGAAGACAGCCAACCGGACUUCUUCACCCGACUGAAGCACCGCUCGGAACACUGGCGGGACAAUCUGCCAAAGCAGGUCUCCUGUCGUUUGCGCCGCGCUUGGUGGAAGUUGAGGUUCCACUCGGAGUAUUUCAACGACGAAGAUUUGGGCAGUUUCGGCUUCGGCGACUCCCCGCUGCGACUGCCGCGGGGCUUCAACCGACAGGAGCUGGAACGAAUUCAGAGCGAGGAGAUGUCCGUGGGCGACGCCGACCGUAACGAGGCCAUCUUUGACGGAGUGCUGAGUCGGCAGAGCUUUGAUCGGAUGCUCAGUCGGCAACACUCCCCGCUGUCGUCCUACGUCUCGGAAUACUCCCAGGGCAUGGCCGUCUUCGAACAAAGUACCGAGCUAUUGCUGAGCACCGCAGAAAACGCGCCCAAAGAAAGCCAUGUGUGGCCUCCCAGCCCGGAGCUGCUGCGCCUCAAGCGGCUCAUGUCGUUGUUGCUGGAGUAUGGUGGCGACCUGUCGUCUUUGUCGAAGGACUUGGCCACGGUGGGGCUGCAGGGCGAGCUGAAGCACUUGGAGCUAACGCCUGAUCAGAAAAGCAGACUGCCGCUGCCAGAGGCGCCGAGUAUCAAACCCUGCACUUCGGGGAGUCUCGAAGAGCUGCAGGACCAUGUCGUGGUCUACGGUGGCGAUAGCAGCAGUACCCUGCCGGCCACGGUGCGGAUGUUGCAGCUGCGGCAGCCAGGGGUGGAGGUGGUGAUUCUGAGCAUGGACAUGCACGAGGAGCGCAAUCAUAAGAUUUGGCAGGAUAUCAACUUAGACACAGUCCACUUUGCAAAGCAGUUCCUGCAUCAUCACCGGGACCUGCGCGGCGGUUUUCUCCACCGGGCCAAGGCCGUCAUCAUCCUGCCCUUGAUCGACAAAGACAUGCAAACAGCACCCGUGCAGGGCUGGGAACUUCGGCGCAUGGUGGACUCCGAUACGAUCCUCACGACCAACGUCAUCGCCACGCGGAAGUGGACGAAUCCCAUCGAGUUUGAGGACGUUUGGACCGUCACGCAGCUCUUUCAGGAAGGAUCUUUGAACCGAUUCUUUGGCAUGAACCCGGAGGCCCAGGGCGCCACGUCGCUCUUCGAGGACCGCUGGAUGGCCUCGGCGCCGCUGAACAUGUCGCCGCUCUUCGCGGCGGGGCACGUCAUCGCCACCACCACGGUGGAUCGCUUCCUGAUGGAAAGUUUCUUCGACCCGGACGCCAUGAUCAUCGUGGAGCGUCUCUUUGGUCUGGCUGGGUUGACCAUCGGCACCAAGGCCAAAGGUGGCUUGGGCAGCUUGAGCAACGCGAACUACCCCUGCGUGUUUCAGCUACCGGCCUCCAGCAAACAGCUGGAAGCCUGCAGGACCUUUGGUGAGGCGGCCAACAUGUUGCUGUGCCACCGGGAUUCCAUGAUGCCGCUGGGGAUUUUCCGCUAUCCCAAGGGCAACCGUUCGUCCUAUUCCAUGCUGGUCAGCCUGGAGGCUGCGCAGGAAUUGGAUUUUCGAUGUCCGCAGUACGGCUUCAGCCAGUCCUUCUGCGCCGUGCAAGGAGAGCAUGGCAUGUCGAACCGCCUUCCCUUUGUGAUCACCAACCCGCCCAAGGAUCUGGCGCUCCUGGAAUCUGAUCUGAUCUUCGUGCUGGGCCGGCCGCAGCAUCUCAACGGCGAAGCAGGUGCUGCCGAGGUUGAGGGUAGUGAGGAUGAGGCGAGCGAUCGCAGCGAAAGCGACCUGGAGGAGGUCGUCUCCUCGCUCUGAUGGGAGCGGUCUUGAUUCUCAGCCAAUGUAGCUUGAAGCUGGAAUAAUAUCAUACAAAC